GCCUCCAGCAGAAGCAUGAAUGACCUUGAGGCAGAAUCCCCAGGUCUGACGGCCAACUCUUCCCUGGCCACUGCAAACCGGUGUGGCCAGGAGACGUGGCUGGAGAAUGUCCUCUUUGCUUCUUUCUACCUCCUGAGUUUUCUCCUGGCUUUCGUUGGCAAUGCUCUGGCCCUGUGGCUUUUCAUCCGGGACCGCAGGUCAGGUACCCCUGCCAACGUAUUCCUGAUGCACCUGGCCAUGGCAGACCUGUCCUGUGUGUUGGUCCUGCCCAUGCGCCUUGUCUACCACUUCUCAGGGAACCACUGGCCAUUUGGAGAAAUCCCAUGUCGCCUCACAGGCUUCCUCUUCUACCUCAACAUGUAUGCCAGCAUCUACUUCCUCACCUGCAUCAGUGCCGACCGCUUCCUGGCCAUUGUGCACCCCGUCAAGUCCCUCAAACUUCGUAGGCCCCUGUAUGCACACCUGGCCUGCGCCUUUCUCUGGGUGGUGGUGGCCAUGGCCAUGGCCCCACUGUUGGUGAGCUCACAAACCGUGCAGACCAACCACACAGUCAUUUGCCUGCAGCUGUACCGGGAGAAGGCCUCACACCACGCACUCGUGUCCUUAGCUGUGGCUUUCACCUUCCCCUUUGUCACCACUGUUACCUGUUACCUGCUGAUCAUCCGCAGCCUGCGGCAGGGUCCCCGUGUAGAGAAGCGCCUCAAGAACAAAGCAGUCCGCAUGAUUGCCAUGGUGCUGACCAUCUUCCUGGUCUGCUUCGUGCCUUACCACAUCCAUCGCUUUGUCUACGUGCUGCACUUCCACAGCAGUGGUGCGUCAUGCACUGCCCAGCGCUCCUUGGCCCUGGGGAACCGGAUCACUUCCUGCCUCACCAGCCUCAAUGGGGCACUCGAUCCCAUCAUAUACUUUUUUGUGGCUGAGAAGUUUCGAAAUACCCUGUGCAACCUGCUCAGUGGUAAAAGGCUCUCAGGCCCACCUCCCAGCUUUGAAGGAAAAACCAAUGAGAGCUCCCUGAGCGCCAGAUCAGAGCUGUGA